AUGGAUAUGUUUCUUGCGAAGGUAACCCAGCAGGCGAUGAACUAUGCUAUCCGCUCUGGAAUUGCCAUUACUGCGGGAUAUGCCAUCCGCCAGUCCUCUAAACUGCUCAAGAAUGUCAGUGUUUCCCAACGGUCUGAGCUACAAAUGCUCCAGGAUCGUUUGCAGAGCAAAAUAAGGAUAAUAUCUCCAGCCAUUGACAUGAUUGAAUUGAUAGCCGCACGUGGCAAUACAUCUCUCGAAUCCGCUUUGUCACUUACCAAGGCUUUAAGAUGGGAUAUUCAAAGUCUUGGUGAACGACUUGCGAAAGCUGUUUCAGUGGAGGAAUUAUAUCAAGAAGGGGCAAUUUCAUCCAAGGCCCGUGCUGGACUUGAUGACGAAAUUAGAUUCAUUAUCAAGGAUAUCCGAAAUGUGUUACAGAGGAUCGAGGAUGCUGUGCCGUUAAUUAACCUUGCUAUUACCACGUCGGGGGCAAGUCUAUCUACCUCGCUUCCUGCGUCCGUAUCACCCUCACGAUUGCUUCAAGCAAGCACCUUUUUGACUACAGGAGAUACACAAUACUCUAUGUCACCCUCACAGCCGGUACAAAUAGGUCCGACAUUCACAUUAUCAGUGUACAUGUUAUUUUCUGGACACAUCCGACCAAUAGAUGAAGUAAGCGUCCGGAAUACUACUUGGAAAGAAGUAAUCCACAAAGCAAGAGUCAAAGUACGGCGGGUACCUAUGGAUAUGAUGUUUUCAUCGUACACAAACCUGCAUCCUCCGCGUGAAUUUUCUAGUGAGAAGCAUAUCAGCGGCGAAGCCAAAACAGAUGAAUUUGCAUACCAAAUACUCAUUAUCGAAGACCUUGAUGAUGGUCGUGUACAUAAUGACGAAGAGAAGCAUGGCAGCUUUGAAGAUGUUGCUCUUGCGGGAAUCAGAGAGAUAAUUCCUAUUCACGAGAUUUCAAAAAUAUUUUACGCUGAUACCGGCAAGAUUCUCAAUAUUGGAAAUGAAGGGGAAGUGAAUAAUCCUGUGUUACUUCUCAAAAGAGACGUCAAUGCCAUCCCUCCUCGACGUAUGAUAGACCGAUGUGAAGCCGAAUUGGAUCGGCUUCAAGGAGAAACGAGUGACAAUUCUGAAGAUGAAGAGCAAUCCCAACUCGACGCACAACUCUUAGGAAGAAAGAGACCAUCAUCCACUAAUCAGCAUAAUCCAAUUGAACCUCAGCAAUACAAAUUCCCACCCGACCUGGAUCUCGAAUGGGUAGCCUUCGAAGUCCAUGACGAAAGCGACGAACAAGACUCCGAAACUGAAGCAGAAUCGGAACCAGAACCCCCCGCCCCUCUAUCAGCUUCAACCUCAACUGGGAAGCCACUCUCCCAAUCCCUGGAUGCACAGAUAUCCGAGAAACUGACAAGUUUGCAUAUCCACGGGGAUCACAGAUCACCCUCAUUCUCACCAGCGUCUGCCACCACACAGCAACAGUUUGCCUCACAGACAUAUACCCAACAGUCCCAGUAUCACCAGCCGUAUACCAUCUCCAACCCCAUCUUUAACAACAUCCGCACAUCUCUUUCACUCCUCGAGACCCUCCUGCGCCUAACCUCCCUCCAACAAUUCCAGCAACAAUCUCACCUCUCAAUAACCGAUGAGCUCCUUAAUUUCUUCCUGGAAGAGUCCUCCGCAACUGGCGCGGGUGGCGACGAGCAUCACCGCCAGCGUGUCCGUGCCGAAGCCCGCCGCAAAGUCGGCUGGGACCCGUACAACGAAAGUCCCCUAAAACCUCACGGUGAGGAUUACCAGUACAAUGGCACCAACGGCGAGUUUGACCAGGUGAUAACUGCGACACCUAACUCCACAGUAUGGAACGCUAGAGCAGGUGAAUUGACACCACCGCUCAACGGCACGUAUCCCAUAUCUCGCCGUGAGAGCCAACAAUCUAGUCAGGUUAGAUGGCCUUCACGUCGUUCAACGACGCCCCUGGAGGACCAUUUGGAUUCCCCAGCGUCACCCUCUGUACGCCCGUCUCGCCCAGGAGGUUGGAAGCCGAAAACACUUAGGAGACAACCACAGCAACGAGAGAGUAGUCCUCUGAUCCCUCCGCAGGAAAGCCAAAAAGACGAAGGGCUAGGAACUAGUCCCGAAUCUUUACAGAAUAUUUCAGGGAAGGAGUCGGAUAGUUAG